AUGGAGAAAAACCUUCGAGACAUUCGGGAGAAUUUAAAUUCUAUUGAGGAGAAACUCUCAAAGUUACAGCAACAGUUGGAGCAAAAAGACAAACUGAUAUUUCUGAAGGUAAACAGUGUAGCUAAGAAGGGGCUUAACAUGCUUGGUUUAGUGACUCAGACUUGGAUAGCAGAGUUUGGCCUGGCUAUAGGAAAUUUCAAAGGUCCUUUACAGUAUACAGCGUGGAGAGAAAUCCUAAAUGCCAUUUACCCAGUUCCCGCUGCUCUGGCCCUGGAUCCAAACACAGCAAAUCUCAGACUCAUCCUAGCUGAGGACUGUACAAGUUUGAGACUCGGAAACAAACCACAGCUGCUGCCUGACUCCCCGGAGAGAUUUGAUCCAUGUCCGUGUGUCCUGGGAUCAGAGGGAUUCACAACAGGAAGACAUUACUGGGAGGUGGAGGUGUGGGAGAAGAUCGAGUGGAGUCUGGGAAUGGCCCGAGAGUCUGUGGAGAGGAAAGAGGGAAUCGACCUGGAUCCAAAGAAUGGAUUCUGGAUUAUGGGGCUGUUUCCUGGAAUUGGUUAUUUUGCCGCCACCUCCCCCUCUGAGACCCUUCCCUUCCUGAGUGUGAAACGCCGGAAGAUUGCGGUUUUCCUGGACUAUGAGAGUGGACAGGUCUCAUUUUACAAUGCAGACACCAUGUCCCAUCUCCACACUUGCACCCACAUUUUCACUGAGUGGGUCUUUCCCUUCUUCCAUCCGAGACGGAAUGAUGGCGGGAAAAAUUCCACCCCACUGACAAUCUCCGGGAUUAAAGGGCACUGACAGAUUCAUCCCAUAAUUUCACCCCAUCCCCCUGCCUUCUGCCAGCUGUAAAAUGAUGUGGGCUUGUGGCAUUCUCAGUCAGAUUUGGAGAUAGAAGUCUGGUUAAUAAUCUGCAAUUGGGAUACUUCACCAAAAGUACAAUCAGAGAACCAUCAAAACUGAAUUAAGCCUAAGAAUCAUAACACAUUUAUCCUUUUGCUUGAUUUUAUCCCUCACUUUGUAUUUGUAUGCCAUACAGUCCAAAUUCAGAUAUUUUCAUACAAUGAAACAGGAAACUAUUCUGAUGUUAUUUCAACAUCGACAUAAAGUGAGACAGCUGCGAUUUGACAAUCUGUCUGUGGUGAGUGUGAUAUAGGAACUGAUCUAUUGCAUAUGCCAUCAAUGUAUAAUGGUUAACCACAUAAGCAGUUUAGUCAUUACACACCAGAGUGUUACCAGAGGCAAUGUUAUGAUUAUCUCUCAUUUAUUGGCCUCCUCACUGUUUAUAUCAGUGAAAUUGUCCUUAAAUCAUGAUGUAAUUAUUUGUAUUCUUAAACUAAUAAUUAAACACACUAGUUAUUAAAAUCUUUCGAAUUAGAAUUAUACCAUAGAGUCAUAGAACAUUGAACAGUAUAGCACAGGAAUGGACCCUUCACCCCACAAUCCUAUGCCAUACAUGAUGCCAAAUUAAACUAAUCCCUUUUUCUAGCCAUUGGUGCAUAUCCCUCUAUUCCUUGCUUACACAUGUGCUUACCUAAAACUCUCUUAAAUACCUCUUUUGUAUCCGUCAGCACCCAUGGCAGUUCAUUCCAGGAUACAACCACUGUGUGUAAAAAACUUGGCCCUCAAAACUCCUUUGCACAUUCCCCCUUCUCACUUUAAAUGCAGGUUCUCUAGUAAUAGACAUUUCAACUCUGGGAAAAAGAUUCUGACAGUAAACUCUAACUAUGCACCUCAGAACUUUAUAGACUUCUGUCAAGCCUCACAUCAGCCUCUGCCGCUCCAGAGAAAGCAAACUUUCCUCAUAGCUCAUACCUUGUAAUUCAGGCAGCAUCCUGGCAAACCUUUUCUGCAUCCUCUCCAAAGCCUCAACAUCCGUAAUGUGUGGACCAGAAGUGAACGCAAUACUCUGAGUAUGGCCUAACCACAGUCCUAUAAAGCUGCAAAAUGACAUCCUGAUUCUUGUACUCAAUUCCCUGAACAAUAAAGGCAGGUAUGCUACAUGCCUUCUCUUCCACCCUACCUAUUUGCCUGGCCACUUUCAGAGAGCUAUGGACUUAAACCCCAAGAUCACUCUGUUCAUAAAUGUUGUACAGGCACCUGCCAUUAACUAUAAAGUUUUCCUUAACAUUUGAUCUCCCAAGGUGUAGCACCUCACACUUACCUGGAUUAAACUCCAUCUGCCAUUUCUCCACACAUACCUGCCAAUGAUCUAUAUCCGACUGUACCCUUUGACAAGCUACUAAAAUAUCCAUAACUCCACUGAACUUUGUAUUGUCUGUAAACUCACUGACCCACCAAUCUACAUUUUCAUCUAAGUCAUUUAUGUAUAUCAUAAAUAGCAGACGUCCCAGUAGGGAUCGCAGCAGAACAUCACUAGUAAUGGACCUCCAGUUGGCAAAACACUCUUCCACUCUUCAUAAUGUCAUAAAGAUGUACAGCUUGGAAAUGGACUCUUUGGUUCAACUCAUCCAUGAUGACC